ACUCCCAAUUUUCACCCCUUAAACUUGGAUCACAUCGCCAAUUACAUCCCCCACAACAAUUCCACUCUUCUCUCUCCACGCCAUUGAUCAAUCAUCAAUGCCGUUCUGCUCUUCACUCCUCCUCGGGCAAUCAGGUUUUUGCCCUCCCGAUUUCCCAGAUUUGUACUGUUCUUCACCUGUGAGAACGUCACACAGAAGGAGAAGAAAAGCAAAGAGAUAUGGGGCUUUGCGUUUGACCCUUGCCGCUGCCAAUGCCGCAAAAAAUGAUGCUGGUAAUAGUAAGUCGGCAAAGCUUAUUACUUUCUUGGGUAAAGGCGGCUCUGGUAAAACAACUGCUGCCAUUUUUGCAGCUCAGCAUUAUGCUAUGUCAGGUCUGAAGACAUGUCUAGUGAUACAGUCUCAAGAUCCUACUGCUGAAUAUCUUCUUAACUGUAAGAUUGGACCAUCUCUUACUGAAUGCACUGACAAUCUGUCAGCUCUUAGGCUUGAAACUACAAAGAUGAUGCUGGAACCCCUUAAGCGACUGAAGCAGGCAGAUGGUCGUCUGAAUAUGACACAAGGUGUUCUUGAAGGGGUGGUGGGUGAAGAGCUUGGUGUACUUCCUGGUAUGGAUUCCAUAUUUUCUGCAUUGGAACUCGAACGGCUUGUAGGAUUCUUUGGGAAUGUGGUUUCUAGGAAUAGUGAGAUAGGCAAAUUUGAUGUAGUCAUAUAUGAUGGUAUAAGCACUGAAGAAACAAUCCGGAUGAUUGGUGCUACCAGUAAAGCGAGAUUAUACUUGAAAUAUUUGAGGAGUCUAGCUGAAAAGACUGAUCUAGGGAGGGUAGCAGGUCCAUCUCUCUUGAGACUUGCGGAUGAUGCCCUGAGUUUGACUGGCAGAAGUACAAGUCUGAAUGGAAGAAUGAGUUCGGAGAUAUGGGAUUAUCUAGAGCAAACAUUGGAGAAAGGAUCUUGUGUCUUUGCAGAACCUCAUAAAUUUGGCUGCUAUCUUGUGAUGAAUCCAACCAAUCCUUUAUCUCUAAAUUGUGCAUUACGUCACUGGGGUUGUGCCAUUCAAGCAGGCGCACGAGUAUCUGGUGCAUUUGUUGUAACGCCACCAAAUUCUCCUAUUACAUUUUCUGAGACUGUUGAGAUCAACUUCUCACCCUUGCCUUUUGCUUUCAUUCCACAUCUCGAAUUUGGUAUCCAUCUGCACUGGAAAGAGAUCAUGAUGAGCAAUCAAAGCAAAGAUGCUCGAGCUCUACUUUCAGAAACUACCAAUAAGAGCCUCCUGUCUUCAGUACAGUUUGAUCCAUCAAAUAAAUCUGUGAAGCUAUUCAUGCCAGGUUUUGACAAGUCAGAAAUCAAGCUGUACCAAUUUUUUAAACAUUGCAGUUUAGAGGUGGAUCAGAGUUGCUGGUGGAAGCAGGUGAUCAGAGGCGUGUAAUAUGUCUUCCUCCUCAAAUUCAGGGCAAGGUAGCCGGUGCCAAAUUUGUAGAUAGAAGUCUUGUGAUCACGAUACGAUAGUGGACAUGCUUUCUGCAUGAAAGAAUAAUGGAGGUCAUUCUUUGCUCUGACAUUCAUUCAAGCACGUAUAACCAAUGCAUUGUCUUUACCCCCAAGUAAUUGUCAUAUAAACCUGUCCCCCCUGCUUGGAUUUCUCCUGGAAACUACAAUUGGGUGUAUCAUAGAGAAAAUAGGAUGGUUGAAAUUCAUAGAUCAAGACAAAAGAGAGAUUACAUUUAACUCCUUGGCGGAAUUCAUGUUGUAAAUUUUUAGCUCGAUUCGACUCAGUGUAUCUUUGCCUUAGUGGAAUAGAUGGGAAGCUUGAGGACUAUUCUUUCAGAAAAAAUCCUCUGUUCCCUGCAGUUGUUAUAACUGAAUUCAGUGCUACAAUUGUGAAGAUGGGAAGCUUGCUGCUUUGAAGAGAGUAAACAAGAAUCACGUGUCUUCCGGAGAACUGGAGAAAUCCCUGGUUGGCUUGUAUCUUACAUGCACGAA